UGCAACUUGCUGUUUAAAGUUGGUCUCGUAAUUUCGUGUGUGAUUUUUACGUUUAUUUUUUUAAUUUCUGAGUGAAUUUUAAAAUGUAUACUGUUUCUAAGGGACCCAGCAAAAUUGUAGCGAAAACUCGAAGAGGCCUCUCACAGAACUUAGAAAGAUUGGACAGCCGUAAAGAUCACAAUAGGAAGUCAUCAGAAUCUGAUAAUGGAGAAAUUAUCAACAUGCCUAAGCCUAUUUUUCAUUCCAAUGGUAAAAAGACAAUACACCAAAGAAUACAGCACCAUGUGAUUACGCCGCAACAUGAGGAAAUUAUCAGAUUUAUCAGUGAAACUUGGACACAGACAGCAUAUGGAGAAAGUGAGCCCACAACACCAACCAGUACAAAUGAAUCCGGCAGCUCGUCGCCCGCACCUCCAUCCAACCUGUACUAUCAGGAUGAUGCCCCCAGCCCCAUGCUCAGAGACUUCAAACCCUUUGACCUGGAGACCUGGUGGGGCAAGCGACUCUUCCAGAACAUCACCAACUCUCUUUGAGGUAGCAAUGUCUGAUACAAAGAUGAUGAAACAUAAAAGUUGGCGGUAGCAUAAGUCACAAUCAUCUGUAGUUUACUAAAUUUUUAUUUAAACCAGACCUUAUUUACAAAGGAAGCAGCCAUUUUGCUGUGCACCUAAUUUAAAAACUGGUUUCAAUAUUAUGGACGAGUAGAGUCUGUAUUUAUCCUGUUUUUUCUAGUGUUAACUGACAGGUAGAAAAACUAAGGUCACCCUGUCAAGGUUGAAACAUCAAUUAGAUCUGAAUGCAGUUCUCAAUUAAAGGAUCUAUAGGUUCUGUUUUUUAACUAAGCCUUGGCUCUAUAAAGCCUUGGUUUUUUUAAGUAAGAAAUAAUAAUUUAAAUUAUGGGACAUGCUUUUAGAAACUGUCCAAUCUAAAAGCAUGACUACAAUAAUUAUGAAAAGUAAACAAUUUUAUCUUAUCAAACAGAUAGUGAUGUGAAAUUAUAAAAAAAAGUUAAGUAAUCUACAGUUGAUUGUGGAUCUCAGUAGUUAUGUCAUAUCAUAAGUAAAAAUUUUCCAAAAGCUCAAUUUCUUUUGCAUUGUUACUGUGAACCAAUAUUCUUUAAGAUUGUUAUGUUGUGUGAAUGUUCUAGUAUUUGAUUGAUGGAAAUGAAUUAUAUCGAAUUCGGAUCGACAGUAUACCAAAGAAUAUCUUUCCUGUUAGAUGUACCACAGAGAGAAAUCAUAUUUUUGCCAAAAUAAUGUACAUUAUGAGCCAAAUUAUUUACUGUGAAUUUUUAAGUAGCAUUGUUCUACCGUAUCUAUAUCACAAUUCUAAUGUUGCUAAAUGUGACAUUACUUUUUUGCAGCUAUUUUACAUAGCUAUACAUAUUAAUGCCUUUUUGCAAUAAUUGCAUAUUGCAACCAAUACUUUGAAGUGCCUAAAUACAGCAAUAGUGUAAACAGUAUUAUACAUUGUUAUGUGACAGAAGGAAUAUUGUUAAAUUGUAAAUAUGUAAAGGUUUCGCAUUACUUAUAACCAAAUCGUGUACGAGUAUUAAUGUCAUACAUGUUUCACUAUUUUCGCGCAGCUAUAUAGUCGAGGUAGCUAGUCCAUGAGGUCUCAUUGGGAUAUUUCGUAUUUAUUUCGGUCUUCCUCGUUUGCCAAGUGGUCCCAAGUGUGACUACUGAGCUAGAAAUAAUCUUGGGUCGGGCGAAAUACUAUUGUAAUUUUUCGACGUUUUGGCAAUUUCUCAGCUUUGUCUAGAAUUAUACCCAGUGCUAAUAGGCUCACCCCUAGUACAUGUACAUAACGUAACUAAUAAAGUGGGUUACAUUGUAUAUUUAUUCGCCUAUGCCGCCAACCCCGUCGAGAAUUUAAAAGCGUAACGUUAUGUUAUAUUUUUUAUACAUUUUGUAAUUAUGUACAUACACAAGUUAAUAGCAGUUGCUAUGCACCUUUAUAGUUUCUUUUUUAUGUGUAUACUGUAUAAUACAAUAGAUUUUAUUUUAUUAAAAGUCAACUUGCAUAGUUGAUACCUUAUUAUUCAGGCAUAGAUCGCGAAUCCAACGUAAACAUGAAUUAAUCUCUUGUCACCUCGAAUUGUAUCAUCACAAAAUUAAGUAUCCACUCAAGUUUUUACCUAUUUUUUAUUGUAUUGUUACCUAAAGUUCCUGUUCGAAAUAUUCGAUAAGUUACUACUCGAAAGAUUUAUGUGAAAAAUAGAUUUUUAAUCAAAAAUGUUACUGUUGUUAUUGUAUAAUGUUAAAUCGAUUGUUUUCAAUGUUUAUUUGUGUUAUAUCAAAGCUUCUGAUGCUCGAGGCUGAACAAUGUCUUCCAUAACAAUGUAAUCUAGUCUGGCUAAGGGUUGUUACAUUUUAAAAACACAUUUUUUUACAGUCAAGCUUGAUAUCGCCCAUACUAACGAUUGUGGGUGUAUCUUUUCAUAAAAGUACAUAAAGUUUAAUUUGUAACAAAUUGUAGCCAGUUUAAAUAAUUCUGCUACUUAUAAAUAUCUAGCAAUAUAAAAUAUAAUCAUGUUACUCGUAUAGAAUCUUUGGAAUAUUGGUUUUAUUUCUUCUGUACAUAGAAAUUUAAAAGAAUGUUUGUCAUAGACCUUCGUUUACGAAUACAAUAAAUAACUUUACAGUUUUACUUGUUUUGUAUAUUUUAGUGCAGUAAUGUUGAUUGAAAGUUUAUUUUAACUUUUAAUUAUAAUAUUUUAAUCUGUUUGCUGUUGUGAAGAGAAUGUUAUUUAUUACUGCAAUCGUGCAAGUACAAAACGAGUUGAUUCGUAAAGGCAAUAUUAACGUAUGCAAUAAGCAAUAAAUGCACAAACCGUAGUUAUAUAUUUUAACCUUUUAGAUGAAAUAUUUGAGUCGUUGUAGUUUUAUCGCAGGAGAAUAUUUUUAGACUGAUUUAGUUAUUAAAACGUUAUGCUUUUUGUUGUAGUUGAAUAAACCAUCUGAUGAAUUA